UCAUUCAAACGUACCAUUCUCCUGAAGAAAACUACAACCCCCCUAAUCCUUCCAAAGCGGAAGUGUCUCAAAGAAAAGACAGCAACAAUGUCUAACGCGGUGAAGAAGCGAAAAUUCGAUAAAACCCGCCAGGACAGCCUUUAUUUUGACAGCUACUCAGACGUGACGAUCCACGAGGAGAUGAUAGCAGACCACGUCCGAACCAACACGUACAGACUCGCCAUUCUGAAGAACAGCGAGUCGAUCCGGGGCAAGGUUGUCCUGGACGUGGGGGCAGGCACCGGCGUCCUCAGCGUGUUCUGCGUGCAGGCCGGCGCCAAGAGAGUGUACGCCGUGGAAGCGUCCUCCAUCGCCGAGCAAGCCGCCAAAAUCGUCGAACAUAACAAAAUGGAGGACAAGAUCCAAGUGGUGCGAGGCACGGUCGAGACCGCGGAGCUCCCGGAGUUAGUGGACGUGAUUGUGAGCGAGUGGAUGGGCUACGCGCUCCUCCACGAGUCCAUGCUCAACUCGGUGCUGUUCGCCCGCGACAAGUGGCUGAAAAAGCCCGGCGGCGUCCUCCUGCCCGACAAGGCGCAGCUCUACAUCGCGCCCAUCAGCGAGCCGGUGGCGGAGGACCGCCUGCACUUCUGGCACACCGUCAAGGACACGUACGGCGUCGACAUGUCGUGCAUGAGCGACUUCGCCCGCAAAUGCAUCAAGAACUCCGACAUCUCCAUCAGCCCGGUGGCCGCCGAGGACGUGCUCUCCCACCCGGCCCGCUUCGCCGAGCUGGACCUGAGCGCGGCCGCGGUGGAGCAGCUGCGGUCGGUCAAAGGCCACUUCCGGUGCGAGUCGUUCGGGUCCGCGGCCGUGAACGCCUUCUGCGUCUACUUCGCGGUCUCCUUCCCCUGCCCGGACCGGCCGCAGCCGCUGGUGCUGUCCACGUCCCCGUUCAUGCCGGAGACCCACUGGAAGCAAGCGGUCCUGUACCUGGACGCUCCCGUGGACGUGACGCAGGACACUCUGGUGACCGGUGAGGUCAACAUGUAUCCUUCUGAGGAGAGUGACAGACAUGUUUGCAUCGGUCUGGAGUACACCAUCGGGAAACAUAAAACACACACUAAGACCUUUUCUAUCCCCGACUGGACCGCGGAGACACUGUCCUAGUUUUUGUGUAAUCACUAUAUUAUUGUAGGGCUGGAUCAGACCCGGGGAAAUUAAGGCCCGGGGGCCACACACGGCCCGUUAAGUCAUUUGUUUUAGAUCUUUGAGACAGAAAGUGUAGCUGCCAUUAUGAUGUGCAGUGAUUUUUUUCUAAUGACCAUAAGUCUUGAACCAUACAAAGUAUUUCAAUGGUUGGAAUCUGCGCUUUUGCAUGAUAUACUAGUUACUAUGGUAAUCUAAUUAGUUACUAUGGUCAUCUAAAUCACAGCAGGUGUCAAGGACAGACGCGAAAGGACAUUUUUUACAACAAAGUUCUAAAGCUAAGUGAAUAUCAGAUAUAUCGGAUCGUAGGUAGUUUUUUUACCCUUCGCAUUCAUAUGUUUGUUUUGCUUGAUUGUAAAAUAUGUCGAUCAAGAAGAGGUGUGACGUUCAUAUGUUGUCAAUAUUCAGUGUUUUAUCGUUUAUAGUUAAUAUUGUAAGUCCCACAUUCGUUAUUGGCAUGUA